GAAAUUCACAAUAAUCCAUAUCGGACAUAAUUUGCCACCAACAUUCACCUCUCUCGGUUUACUUUUCUCUUUACCUUUUCAUUGUCAACAGUUGCAAUCUUCUAGUCUUUCAGCAAUUCCAGUGUCACAUUGAGUUUCCAUGGAGAGUGAAUUGUCCUUAAUCAACAAGGUUGAGCUUCGUAUUGCCUUAGCAGCAGACGAUGUUCAAUUUGAGAAUGCAUUGAAGCUCUAUUUGACCCCUCUUUUGCUCAAAUUGGCAAGUCCUCAUUCCCAAGUUAGACUGGCCAUCUUAAAAAUAGUUCAGUAUCUUAUUCCUCGAAUCACUGCUGCCAGAUCGGUCAAAUUGCCAGUCGAACAAUUACUCGCACAGGUCAAAGAUCCAAAGGUUCCUCAACAUGCGGACCCUUCAACUAUGAGAUUAUAUUCUUUAAUCUUUAUUACAAAAUUCAUUGAUCGAGUCUCAGGUGUUGAGGUUCGUCAAUUAAUUUCACAAUCGGUCUUUAAAAUUUCUGAAUUCCCUGCCAAUGUGGCAGCAAGACUUUUCAACUUAUUUUGUAAAUUGUUGGUCAAUUGUUCCUACAAGGCACCAGGGAAAGAUACAGAAGAAUAUCAAACUCUGCGAGUAGUGUAUCGCUUUGAUACAAACCCUCAGGAUGAAUUAUUCGUUACAAAGUGGAUUGGGAAGUUUUUCAUGUUGCAACCAAAUCCUGCCCUGGUUCCACCAACCAUGUGUCCUGGUUUGAGCGCUCAAGAUGUCAAAUUCUUAACCCAAGAUGCUGGUGUUCUUUAUAAAUCGAACCAAGAGAUAACUGAAGUUAAAGCGGUAUUGUUACAAUUUUUAGAUUCUGGUUGUUUCCUCCCACAAAACUUGGCAAUUCCUUAUGUUAUUGCCAGUUGUGAUGGAUCAUCAUCCAUAAAUGAUCCUGCUGAUAUUUUGUUCCGUAAUCUUAAUUUAGACUAUGAAGACUCGGGCUUAAUUGACUCUUUGUUUUCUCUACUUGUUGGUGAUGAAGGUUCUCAAACACCACCUGUCAAAUCUACUACACAAGAUCAAAUUUUAAAUUUAUUAUUAAAAAGUAAUAUAGCAACUCGUCAUCCAGAUAUUCUGAAAGUUGCCUCCAUUGGCUUCUCAUCUGAUUAUGCAAGAUUGAAACAAACCACGGUUCAAUUUAUAAGAUGGGUAAGUAAAUCGGUAGUGUCAAAAGACAAUGGGCAACAUCUGGAUAAAUUUGGCGGACAUAUGGCUGCACAAUUAAAGUCAAACUUAAUCAGUGAAGGAUGGCCAAAGAUUGACACAUCUGUUGUGAAGAAUUAUAGUACUGCGAUUGGUCAAAGACAAUUGCAAUAUGAAGCAUUGGGUGAACUUUUGAAAGCGAAUCCUGCACUUUUCCAGAACGACUUGUCGUACAUCGAGUUUUUGUUCUACUCCUUGGAAGGAGAUGAUACUGAAUUGAGAACUAUUAUACAAGAUGCUCUUUCUGGAUUGACAGUCCAUUUACCUGCACUUUCAGAAGGUUGUAAGAAUGGACUUAAGCGCCUUAUAAAGGAGUUUUUAGUUUCUGAGAAACAAGAGAUCCCCAUUGAAAGUAUUCAGUCUUGUCGUUAUAUUGCCAUAAAGUUCGCCAAUUGUUGUUUCCCAUUCCAUGAUGCAACUGCUCGUUAUUUGUGUGUUUUAGGAACUUCAAAGACAAAUAGAUCCGAUACAGUUGAUGAAGCAUUGAAAGGCUUACAUCCACAUUGGUUUAAUAUCUUACAAGCUUCGAACACCCUUGAAUUCAGAUCUACUCUGGAUUUACUCGGUCAGAGUGGGACUGUUGAAUUCCCUGACUUUUCCGAUAUGGUCUAUACAUUAUAUGAUGCAUUGAAUGACGCGAAUAUCUCGACCUUGUCACAGGCAAUGGGGAAUGCCAUUUCAUUUACGUUCCAAACUUUGGUUAUGCAAGCUGUGAAGGGAAAGACAACCGUCAUUGUUACAGAUGAAGACUGGUCAACAAGACUCGAAAAGGCUUUGGAAGUAGAUGAAACUGUUCAAAAGCUUUUGAUUGGUGAAAUUUUAAAUGUUUCUCAUGACGUUCAAACAAACGAUGAAAAUGCGAUGACUGAUAGACCAGAUAAAAGUAACUCAUUCAUUGUAUUUUUGAACAUUAUUUUCAAUGCAUUUGCUGCACAAUACAAUGCCAAUGGUGUUACAAAUGUUGGGUUUGGAAUAAGUUUGACUAGAAUUUUAUCAUUAUCUCCGGGUCAUGUUAUUGAGAGCUUAUCAUCAUUGAUUAACCGUCUCUUUGAUCUCUUGCAAUCUAAGCAAUUAAAUGAUGUGGCUUUAGAACAGGUGUCCCAAUCACUUGCCAUAAUAGCUAGUCAUCCAUCUGUAGAUGAUGGUGUUGUUUCUAAGUUAUUGGACAGACUUGUCCGUGGUGGUGUUACUUCACCCUCUGUGGCAAGAGCUAAACUUCUUGCAAGCAGUUAUUUAAUGUCAAGAUUAACAUUGAGACAGAGAAUUGGCAUUAUUACAUCCGAACUUCUCUCUGAGCAUUUGAAUACAGUUGCUAAAUCACUCAAGGAUGUUCACACGUAUAAUCAUGCUUUAGAUUCUAUUCUGCAAUUGGCACUCUUUGGACUUUUAGGUCCUGAACUCAAAUUGGUGGACAAUUUGAGUGAGAUUGUUCAAGAGUUCAAGGAUGAAAUUCAAAAGAAGGUGAAAAAAUGUGACGAGAAAUCUGUCAUUACAUUAGCACAUUUUUCGUUAGCAUUUAAUCGUAAGAGUAAUGAUGAGAAGUCUGAUGAAUUUGAACAAUUGAUUUAUGACACUCAUGUGUCUAAACAAACCGAAUUUAUUUUCUCUGGUGGUGAAGCUUUUCUGAUUCUUGCAGCAGGUUGGAAUGCUACAGUGUUGAAGAGACAACUAGAUAUCCAAGGUGCUGUACCAUCCUAUAUUCCUGAGAAUAUUACGAGACUUCCUUAUAUUUUAGAAUUGGUCUUGAAUUCAUGUAACCAAACGAAGCCAUCUUUAAGAAGAUCGGGAUGCAUUUGGCUCUUAUCGCUUGUUCAAUUCUGUGGACAUUUGAAGGAAGUUCAAGACAAGGCUGCUAAGAUCCAUGUCACAUUCAUGCGGUUUUUGGCUGAUAGAGACGAGUUAAUUCAAGAACUGGCUUCUCGUGGUCUCAGUAUCGUGUAUGAAUUGGGUGACUAUGAAUUAAAGGACACCCUUGUACGUGGACUUUUAAAAUCAUUUACUGAUUCAAAAUCCACUUCUUCGUUAUCUGCUGGUUCUGUUGACCAUGAUACUGAAUUGUUUGAGCCCGAACUUUUAAAGACCAAUGAUGGCUCAGUUUCAACUUACAAGGAUGUGUUGAAUUUAGCCUCUGAUGUUGGAGAUCCAAGUUUGGUUUAUAAAUUUAUGUCUUUAGCAAAAUCAUCUGCUUUAUGGUCUUCUAGAAAGGGUAUGGCAUUCGGUUUAGGCUCAAUUCUAUCGAAAUCUAGUUUGGAUGAUAUGCUUAAGAAUAACAAGAAUUUGGCUGAUAGACUUAUUCCAAAACUUUACAGGUACAGAUAUGACCCAAGUACAUCUGUUGCAAAGUCCAUGAAUGACAUUUGGAAUGUUUUGAUCAAGGAUUCUGCGAAAACUAUUAAGGAUAACUUUGGAACAAUUCUACCAGAACUUCUUAAAGGUAUGGGAAAUAAGGAAUGGAGAGUUAGACAAGCAAGUACUGCUGCUUUGAUUGACUUGUUACAAGUUACUGACUUGGAAGUCUAUGAAUCUAAACUUGAAGAAAUCUGGGGCAUGAGUUUCAGAUCAAUGGAUGAUAUCAAAGAGAGUGUGCGAAAAGAAGGUAACAAGUUGACUAAGUCAUUAGCAACAACUUUAACUCGUACUGUUGAAAAGGGUGCAGCUUCAGCAUCUUCCACUAUUACUGAGAGUAAAGCGAAGGAUACAUUAACAAACCUUAUCCCCUUCUUGUUGGGUUCCAAGGGUUUGCUAAGUGAUGCUGAAGAUGUUCGUAACUUUGCAUUAGAGACUAUCUUAAAAUUAGUAAAGGUUGGAGGAUCUGCUAUUAAACCAUUUAUUCCAGAUUUGAUCGAUAAUUUUAUCUCAUUGAUGUCUACCUUGGAACCUCAAAUCGUAAACUAUCUUGUCCUAAAUGCUGAUAAAUAUAAUAUUAAAAACGAAGAAAUUGAUGCUAAAAGAUUACAAAGUUUGGGUCAAUCUCCAAUGAUGGACGCUAUUGAGAAAAUGUUAGACCAUCUUGAUGACUCAUUGAUGGACAGAACAGUUACAGUUUUGCAACAGUCUAUCAAGAAGUCCAUAGGAUUACCUUCGAAGGUAUGUGGAAGUAAAGUGUUAGUUAGCCUUGUGGUCAGACACUUGGAACUUUCAAAGCCAUAUGGUGACAAAUUAUUGAAAACUUGUUUAACUCAAAUUGGUGACAAGAAUGAUGCAAUUGCCACGUCGUAUGCAACUGCCGCUGGUUAUUUAUGUAGAAUUUCAUCCUUGAAUGCAAUUGCUGCAUAUGCUGACAAUUUACUUGAACUUUACUUCGAAUCUGACUUUGAUAGAAGUCGACUAGUUUGUGCUGUUGCAAGUGAAAGUGUUGCCAAGUAUUCCAAGGAUAAAUUUGAAUCUAUUGCAUCAUCAUUCUUGCCCUUAGCCUUCAUCGGUCAACAUGAUCCAUUGGACAAUGUCAGAGAACCAUUUGAACGAGAAUGGAUUGAAAACACUUCAGGUAACUCAUCAAUUAAAUUGUAUUUGAAAGAAAUUAUUGAACUUUCUCAUAAGUAUCUUAACUCAAGGCUGUACGAAGUUAGACAAAUCAUUGCCAAAGCUAUUGCGGAUGCGGUUAAUAAUAUUGAUAGUACAAAUGAAUUUUCAGUGGCUUCCUAUGAAUCAAUCUUUAAUAUUUUGUUGGAAGCUUGUAAAGGGAAAUCGUGGUCUGGGAAAGAGUUCAUCUUAGAAGCACUUAUUCUUUUUAGUGUAAAGUCUUCUAAAUUUUUGAAAGAUGGGCGGGAAGACUUACUUCAAAGAAUUGAAGGAACUAUUAGAACCGAAAUCAAGAGAAGAAAUAAAGUAUAUCAAAAGCAGGCCAUCAAAUUGGCUAGUAAGUUUUUAUUCACCUUCCCUGAUGAUGAUUUGGUGGAAGUCUACACAGAAAUUAUGGACCAGAUCGUUUCUGAUGAAUAUGAAGACGACUCUGAUGACGAAGAUGACAUGCAAAUUGAUAAUAAAGAAAGUAUUCAAUUGACUGUGAAAAGGGAAGAAGAUAGAUUGACUUUCAUUAAAAGUCUCUUUGAUUCAUACAAUCCAAUUCUCAAUACUAACUCAGAAUAUAUUGAACUAGUCUUUAGUGCUAUUCCUAAUUUGUUCAAUUCACCAAACAUCAAGAAUACAUGGAGAUCUAAAUUAGUAUCCUGUGAAUGCAUUCAAGGUGUCAGUCUGAAGUUGGAGAAAGUACAAGUGCCAGAAUCGACAUAUAAACAAUUGCUCGCAAAUUGGAAGGUACUCUCCAGGGAAUGCUUAGGACCAAAGGAUAUUGAGAACAUAAAGUUACAGUUUGUCAAAGCGUCGAAGUCUAUACUUAAACUUCAACCAACAACUGAAACCCACACAAUUAUCAAAACUCUUUUGAAAGAUUACGAAAGUACAGAAACAUCUACUGUCAUUUUAAAAGAACUACAAAACGAUAUUUAGCUUAAAAAGAAUUAUAUUUUCUUAUUUCAAUAUAUAGAUAUAAUAUUCCUUCUAGAAAUUUAUUCCC